AUGCCAAUCAAUAAAAUUGCAGUUGGGACGCCAGGAGAGGCAAGCCACCCUGAUGCCAUAAGGGCUGCCUUUGCUGAGUUUUUCUCUACGCUCAUCUUUGUUUUUGCUGGGGAAGGCUCUGGCAUGGCUUUCAACAAGCUAACUGACAACGGGUCAACCACACCGUCUGGGCUUGUAGCUGCAUCAUUGGCACACGCUUUUGCACUUUUUGUUGCGGUCUCUGUGGGUGCAAACAUUUCCGGGGGUCAUGUAAACCCUGCUGUCACAUUUGGCGCUUUCAUUGGUGGCAACAUAACUCUGUUGAGAGGCAUUUUGUAUUGGAUUGCACAGUUGCUUGGAUCAGUUGUUGCUUGCUUGUUGCUCAAGUUUGCCACCGGUGGAUGGGAAACGGCAGCAUUCUCUCUGUCGUCUGGUGUGUCAGUAUGGAAUGCUCUAGUGUUUGAGAUUGUGAUGACCUUCGGCUUGGUUUACACAGUGUAUGCCACAGCAGUUGAUCCAAAGAAGGGCAAUGUAGGCAUUGUUGCACCUAUCGCAAUUGGUUUGAUUGUUGGUGCCAACAUUUUGGCUGGCGGUGCGUUUGAUGGUGCAUCCAUGAACCCAGCAGUGUCGUUCGGGCCUGCUGUGGUCAGCUGGUCAUGGUCUCACCACUGGGUCUAUUGGGCUGGCCCAUUGAUUGGUGCUGCCAUUGCAGCUCUUGUCUAUGACAACAUCUUCAUUGGUGAUGGGGGCCACGAACCACUACCCAAUAAUGAUUUUUAG